UAUAUGUUUUUUGGGAGACACCAUUCCAGAUUAAAUUGUGCAUAUGUAAGUCUUAGACUAGUCUUAAACCAGGGGUGGUAAAUGGUAAAUGGACUGCAUUUAUAUAGCGCUUUCAUAGACCAAUGGCCAUCCAAAGCGCUUUACAAUUUUGCCUCACAUUCACCCAAUCACUUACACAUUCAUACACCGACGGCGGUGUCAGCCAUGCAAGGCGCCAUCCAGCUCGUCGGGAGCAGCUGGGGUUAGGUGCCUUGCUCAAGGACACCUCGACACUUGGUCAGGUGGAGCCGGGGAUUGAACCACCAACCUUCCGAUUUGUAGACAACCUACAUGAACCACUGAGCCACUGCCGCCCCACCCCUUAAACCAGGGGUGGGCAUUCGUGGUCCUGGAGGCCUUUGAUGAGAUUUUUCAAACUUCAGAAAUGCCCACCCCUUUCCAGAAAACCACCCCAUUAUGUUUUAAAUAGCAUGCUACAGUUUUGUAGUGUUUUGGCUUGAUGUUUACACUAAUCUGAGAUACGUGUGUGAUUAUUGUAUAUGCCUUAAGUUUUUUUUUUUUCAUAUCAAAGUUACAUGUGUGUUCAUUAUAUGGGUUUAUUUGUGUCAUUGAACUUUAGGAACCUUUGCUUAUCAAAUGUUUGAAAAGUUAAAAACAGUUUAAAGAGUCUAAGUAGUUUAAUACUAAAUCAACAUUACAACUGCAGCAACAAACAUUAUAUAAUUUAAGAAAAUCCAAUAGUUUCAUAAAUCCAUAAGACAACAAAAUUGUUGCAUUUCUCAACAUGUCAACCAUGGUUCACGACUGAGUGCAUGUCCAUGUAAAAUGCAGUAACAUAAAAUACACUUCUGAAAGCAUUUGGCAGUCGAAACAUUUUAUUUCAAGACCAAAGUUAACCUAACAUGUGUCAGUCAAUGUAGUUUAACUAUGAUCAUGCUUUAAAUAACUUCUGGGUUGAGAGAAGUUUGUUAAUGUUUAGUAGCGCUGCAAAGUAUCUAUACAACAAAAGACUAAUACCCCAAAACUAGAUCAUCUUAACACAUGGAGCCAGGAUAGGUAUUUAUAUAAAAUGUCUAACCAGUUAGCGGACACAGUUUAUUUGGCUAGUUUUAACCGGAUGUUAAUGAUCUAAUACACCUGCUGCCAAUGGAUCAUAAUUGGAUCUGGUGAUGCGAAUCAAUGCUAACUUUUAAAAAGGCCAUGUGACGAUGUGAACCUAAACUAUUGAACUUGUAGUCAAUAUGUGGUCUUUUAGAUGCAUUGUUUUAGUUUAUCAACUAUGUGAUGUAUACUGUUCCCCAGUUAAACGUGCUUUACAUGUAUCUGACCAGAGUGAUGUUGGCAUAGGACUACAAGAAACUAAAGGCUUACUUGGACAAGAUGCUGGAUCUCACCUCUUUUUGGAAUCUAACAAUAUACAUCAGAAUAUCCACAAUGGUGCUGAAAAAUCCAACCUUAAUCCUUCUGAUCUCAGAUCUACUUCUGUUUCAUCUAUGAGUGCAAAUUCCAAUCUUGAGAAACCUCAUUAUAAUCCAUCACUUCACCACAGUUCCUCUUUCCCGGUCAAAUCAAGCAUUCUUUUCUCAAAAACAAGUUCUAAAACUGGUUUUGGUAGAUAUAUGAAACAAAGUUUUUCUCUCCCCUCUAAAAUAUCCAGCUCUAAGCCUGAGAAACUGAGUUCUCCUAAGAAAACCAGUUCUAAACCUGAAAAUACUUCUGUAAAAACCACCUCUUCCCUCCCCUCUGAGAAACCAAAUAAAAAAGCUGAGAAGCCUAGUCCUUCUAUGAAAACCAUUUUAAAACCUGGAAAGACCAGUGCUCCUAUGGAAACCAGUUCUGAAGCUGAAAAGCCUGGUGCUCCUGUAGAAACCGGUUCAAAACCUGAGAAGCCCAAUGCCCCUUUGAAAACAAGUUCUAAACUGGAAAAUACAAGUGCUCCAGUGGGAACCAGUUCUGAACCUGAAAAGCCUGGUGCCCCUUUGGAAACCAGUUCUAAACCUGAAAAGCCUAGUGCCCCUAUGGAAACCAGCUCUAAACCUGAAAAUACUAGUGCUCCUAUGGAAACCAGUUCUGAACCUGGAAUGGUGAAUGGUGCCCCUUUGGAAACCAGUUCUAAACUGGAAAAUGCAAGUGCUCCAGUGGGAACCAGUUCUAAACGUGUGAAGCCCAGUGUGCCUUUGGAAACUAGUCCUGAACCUGAAAAUACUAGUGCUCCUGUUGAAACCAGUUCUAAACCUGAAAAGCCUAGAGCUCCAGUGGGAACCAGUUCUGAACCUGAAAAGCCUAGUGCUCCUGUUGAAACCAGUUCUAAACCUGAAAAUACUAGUGCUCCAGUGGGAACCAGUUCUAAACCUGUGAAGCCCAGUGUGCCUUUGGAAACUAGUCCUGAACCUGAAAAUACUAGUGUUCCAGUGGGAACCAGUUCUAAACCUGAAAAUACUAGUGCUCCUGUUGAAACCAGUUCUAAACCUGAAAAUACAAGUGCUCCAGUGGGAACCAAUUCUGAACCUGAAAAGCCUAGUGCUCAAGUGGGAACCAGUUCUAAACCUGUGAAGCCCAGUGUGCCUUUGGAAACUAGUCCUGAACCUGAAAAUACUAGUGUUCCAGUGGGAACCAGUUCUAAACCUGAAAAGCCUAGUGCUCCUUGGGAAACCAGUUCAGAACCUGAAAAGCCUGGUGCUCCUGUGGAAAACCGUUCAAAACCUGAAAAUACUAGUGCUCCUGUUGAAACCAGUUCUAAACCUGAAAAUACAAGUGCUCCAGUGGGAACCAAUUCUGAACCUGAAAAGCCUAGUGCUCAAGUGGGAACCAGUUCUAAACCUGUGAAGCCCAGUGUGCCUUUGGAAACUAGUCCUGAACCUGAAAAUACUAGUGUUCCAGUGGGAACCAGUUCUAAACCUGAAAAGCCUAGUGCUCCUUGGGAAACCAGUUCAGAACCUGAAAAGCCUGGUGCUCCUGUGGAAAACCGUUCAAAACCUGAAAAUACUAGUGCUCCUGUUGAAACCAGUUCUAAACCUGAAAAUACUAGUGUUCCAGUGGGAACCAGUUCUAAACUGGAAAAUACUAGUGCUCCUUUGGAAACCAGUUCUGAACCUGAAAAGCCUGGUGCUCCUGUGCAAAACCGUUCAAAACCUGAAAAUACUAGUGCUCCAGUGGGAACCAGUUCUAAACCUGAAAAUACUAGUGCUCCUGUUGAAACCAGUUCUAAACCUGAAAAGCCUAGAGCUCCAGUGGGAACCAGUUCUAAACCUGAAAAUACUAGUGCUCCUGUUGAAACCAAUUCUAAACCUGAAAAGCCUAGAGCUCCAGUGGGAACCAGUUCUAAACCUGAAAAUAGUAGUGCUCCUGUUGAAACCAGUUCUAAACCUGAAAAUACAAGUGCUCCAGUGGGAACCAGUUCUGAACCUGAAAAGCCUAGUGCUCCAGUGGGAACCAGUUCUAAACCUGUGAAGCCCAGUGUGCCUUUGGAAACUAGUCUUGAACCUGAAAAUACUAGUGCUCCAGUGGGAACCAGUUCUAAACCUGUGAAGCCCAGUGUGCCUUUGAAAACUAGUCCUGAACCUGAAAAUACUAGUGCUCCAGUGGGAACCAGUUCUAAACCUGUGAAGCCCAGUGUGCCUUUGGAAACUAGUCCUGAACCUGAAAAUACUAGUGCUCCAGUGGGAACCAGUUCUAAACCUGAAAAUACUAGUGCUCCUGUUGAAACCAGUUCUAAACCUGAAAAUACAAGUGCUCCAGUGGGAACCAGUUCUAAACCUGUGAAGCCCAGUGUGCCUUUGGAAACUAGUCCUGAACCUGAAAAUACUAGUGCUCCAGUGGGAACCAGUUCUAAACCUGAAAAGCCUAGUGCUCCAGUGGGAACCAGUUCUAAACCUGUGAAGCCCAGUGUGCCUUUGGAAACUAGUCCUGAACCUGAAAAUACUAGUGUUCCAGUGGGAACCAGUUCUAAACCUGAAAAUACUAGUGCUCCUGUUGAAACCAGUUCUAAACCUGAAAAUACAAGUGCUCCAGUGGGAACCAGUUCUGAACCUGAAAAGCCUAGUGCUCCAGUGGGAACCAGUUCUAAACCUGUGAAGCCCAGUGUGCCUUUGGAAACUAGUCCUGAACCUGAAAAUACUAGUGCUCCUGUUGAAACCAGUUCUAAACCUGAAAAGCCUAGUGCUCCAGUGGGAACCAGUUCUAAACCUGAAAAGCCUAGUGCUCCUUUGGAAACCAGUUCUGAACCUGAAAAGCCUGGUGCUCCUGUGGAAAACCGUUCAAAACCUGAAAAUACUAGUGCUCCUGUUGAAACCAGUUCUAAACCUGAAAAUACUAGUGUUCCAGUGGGAACCAGUUCUAAACUGGAAAAUACUAGUGCUCCUUUGGAAACCAGUUCUGAACCUGAAAAGCCUGGUGCUCCUGUGCAAAACCGUUCAAAACCUGAAAAUACUAGUGCUCCAGUGGGAACCAGUUCUAAACCUGAAAAUACUAGUGCUCCUGUUGAAACCAGUUCUAAACCUGAAAAUACAAGUGCUCCAGUGGGAACCAGUUCUGAACCUGAAAAGCCUAGUGCUCCAGUGGGAACCAGUUCUAAACCUGUGAAGCCCAGUGUGCCUUUGGAAACUAGUUCUGAACCUGAAAUGCCUAGUGCUCCUUUGGAAACCAGUUCUGAACCUGAAAAGCCUGGUGCUCCUGUGGAAAACCGUUCAAAACCUGAAAAUACUAGUGCUCCUGUUGAAACCAGUUCUAAACCUGAAAAGCCUAGUGCUCCAGUGGGAACCAGUUCUAAACCUGUGAAGCCCAGUGUGCCUUUGGAAACUAGUCCUGAACCCGAAAAUACUAGUGUUCCAGUGGGAACAAGUUCUAAACCUGAAAAGCCUAGUGCUCCUUUGGAAACCAGUUCUGAACCUGAAAAGCCUGGUGCUCCUGUGGAAAACCGUUCAAAACCUGAAAAUACUAGUGCUCCUGUUGAAACUAGUCCUGAACCUGAAAAUACUAGUGCUCCAGUGGGAACCAGUUCUAAACCUGAAAAGCCUAGUGCUCCAGUGGGAACCAGUUCUAAACCUGUGAAGCCCAGUGUGCGUUUGGAAACUAGUCCUGAACCUGAAAAUACUAGUGUUCCAGUGGGAACCAGUUCUAAACCUGAAAAUACUAGUGCUCCUGUUGAAACCAGUUCUAAACCUGAAAAUACAAGUGCUCCAGUGGGAACCAGUUCUGAACCUGAAAAGCCUAGUGCUCCAGUGGGAACCAGUUCUAAACCUGUGAAGCCCAGUGUGCCUUUGGAAACUAGUCCUGAACCUGAAAAUACUAGUGUUCCAGUGGGAACCAGUUCUAAACCUGAAAAUACUAGUGCUCCUGUUAAAACCAGUUCUAAACCUGAAAAUACUAGUGCUCCUGUUGAAACCAGUUCUAAACCUGAAAAGCCUAGAGCUCCAGUGGGAACCAGUUCUAAACUGGAAAAUACUAGUGCUCCUUUGGAAACCAGCUCUGAACCUGAAAAGCCUGGUGCUCCUUUGCAAAACCGUUCAAAACCUGAAAAUACUAGUGCUCCAGUGGGAACCAGUUCUAAACCUGAAAAUACUAGUGCUCCUGUUGAAACCAGUUCUAAACCUGAAAAGCCUAGAGCUCCAGUGGGAACCAGUUCUAAACCUGAAAAGCCUAGAGCUCCAGUGGGAACCAGUUCUAAACCUGAAAAUACUAGUGCUCCUGUUGAAACCAGUUCUAAACCUGAAAAUACUAGUGCUCCUGUUGAAACCAGUUCUAAACCUGAAAAUACUAGUGCUCCAGUGGGAACCAGUUCUGAACCUGAAAAGCCUAGUGCUCCAGUGGGAACCAGUUCUGAACCUGAAAAGCCUAGAGCUCCAGUGGGAACCAGUUCUAAACCUGAAAAGCCUAGAGCUCCAGUGGGAACCAGUUCUAAACCUGAAAAUACUAGUGCUCCUGUUGAAACCAGUUCUAAACCUGAAAAGCCUAGAGCUCCAGUGGGAACCAGUUCUAAACCUGAAAAUACUAGUGCUCUUAUGGAAACCAGUUCUGAACCUGAAAAGCCUAGUGCUCCUUCGGAAACCAGUUCUGAACCUGAAAAGCCUGGUGCGCCCUUGGAAACUAGUCCUGAACAUGAAAAUACAAGUGUUCCAGUGGGAACCAGUGCUAAACCUGAAAAGCCUGGUGCCCCUUUGGAAACCAGUUCUAAACCUGAAAAGCCUGGUGCCCCUUUGGAAACCAGUUCUGAACCUGAAAGGCCUGGUGCUCCUGUGGAAACCAGUUUUGAACCUGAGAAGCCUGGUGCUCCUACAGAAACCAGUUCUAAACCUGAGAAUACUAGUGCAUCAGUGGGAACCAGUUCUGAACCUGAAAAGCCUAGUGCUCCUUCGGAAACCAGUUCUGAACCUGAAAAGCCUGGUGCGCCCUUGGAAACUAGUCCUGAACAUGAAAAUACUAGUGCUCCAAUGGAAACCAGUUCUAAACCUGAAAAGCCUGGUGCCCCUUUGGAAACCAGUUCUAAACCUGAAAAGCCUGGUGCCCCUUUGGAAACCAGUUCUGAACCUGAAAAGCCUGGUGCACCUUUGGAAACCAGUUCUGAACCUGAAAAGCCUGGUGCCCCUUCGGAAACUAGUCCUGAACAUGAAAAUACUAGUGCUCCAAUGGAAACCAGUUCUAAACCUGAAAAUACUAGUGCUCCAAUGGAAACCAGUUCUAAACCUGAAAAUACUAGUGCUCCAAUGGAAACCAGUUCUAAACCUGAAAAUACUAGUGCUCCAAUGGAAACCAGUUCUAAACCUGAAAAGCCUGGUGCCCCUUUGGAAACCAGUUCUAAACCUGAAAAGCCUGGUGCCCCUUUGGAAACCAGUUCUGAACCUGAAAAGCCUGGUGCCCCUUUGGAAACCAGUUCUAAACCUGAAAAGCCUAGUGCCCCUUUGGAAACCAGUUCUGAACCUGAAAAGCCUGGUGCACCUUUGGAAACCAGUUCUGAACCUGAAAGGCCUGGUGCUCCUGUGGAAACCAGUUUUGAACCUGAGAAGCCUGGUGCUCCUACAGAAACCAGUUCUAAACCUGAGAAUACUAGUGCAUCAGUGGGAACCAGUUCUGAACCUGAAAAGCCUGGUGCCCCUUUGGAAACCAGUUCUGAACCUGAAAAGCCUGGUGCCCCUUUGGAAACCAGUUCUGAACCUGAAAAGCCUGGUGCCCCUUUGGAAACCAGUUCUGAACCUGAAAAGCCUGGUGCCCCUUUGGAAACCAGUUCUAAACCUGAAAAGCCUAGUGCCCCUUUGGAAACCAGUUCUGAACCUGAAAAGCCUGGUGCCCCUUUGGAAACCAGUUCUGAACCUGAAAAGCCUGGUGCCCCUUUGGAAACCAGUUCUGAACCUGAAAAGCCUGGUGCCCCUUUGGAAACCAGUUCUAAACCUGAAAAGCCUAGUGCCCCUUUGGAAACCAGUUCUAAACCUGAAAAGCCUAGUGCCCCUUUGGAAACCAGUUCUAAACCUGAAAAGCCUAGUGCCCCUUUGGAAACCAGUUCUGAACCUGAAAGGCCUGGUGCUCCUGUGGAAACCAGUUUUGAACCUGAGAAGCCUGGUGCUCCUACAGAAACCAGUUCUAAACCUGAGAAUACUAGUGCAUCAGUGGGAACCAGUUCUGAACCUGAAAAGCCUAGUGCUCCUUUGGAAACCAGUUCUGAACCUGAAAAGCCUAGUGCUCCUUUGGAAACCAGUUCUGAACCUGAAAAGCCUAGUGCUCCUUUGGAAACCAGUUCUGAACCUGAAAAGCCUGGUGCUCCUACAGAAACCAGUUCUAAACCUGAGAAUACUAGUGCAUCAGUGGGAACCAGUUCUAAACCUGAAAAAACCAGUACUCUUAUGGAAAACAGUUCUGAACCUAAGAAGCCUAUUUCCCUUUAUUCUGAGAAUGUUAAGACCGGCGUUAAACCUAAAACCUCUAGUAACUCUCUGCAGCUUGUAAACUUGUUUUCCAAUGGGAAACCCAAAUCUAAAUAUGAGAAAUCAAGUUUUAGAUCAUCUGAAAAAUCUAUCUUGAAAUCUGGUUCAGAUAUUUCUCAAGGAAAGGUAAACUGGUUUCAACAGAAGUCUGGGUUUAAAUCAUCUAUCAAAUCUAGUAGUCGAUCUUCUGUCUCUAAGCCUGCUGUUAAAUCCGUCUCCAGUGACAUGAAACCGUCUAACUGUACCUCUGUGAACAACAGCUCCAAGUCAAAGUUCAUUGCUCUCCUAACUGAAAAAUCUGUUUCUGAAUCCUCUGAGAGCUGGACUGAAAACAUGAACCGGUCUUCUCAACUUUCCAAAACCUCAAGUUCUCUUCUAUCUGGCAAAGCUCUUUUUAGAUCAUCAGAGGUAUCCAGUUCUCACCCGUCUGAAGGAUCCAGAUCUCAUGUGUCAAAGGUGGAAGGUUCUCUUCUAUUAGAAGAAUCUGCUUCUCUUCUCUCUAAACUAGACGGGUCUCUUCCAUUGAAGGAAAGUUCUGCUUGUAGUUCUACAACAUCUAAGAAGUCUGCUGCUCCCCCAGUGAAGGAUCCUUCAGCUCAUCAGUGCUUAUGACGGCUCGUUCAGCUUGUAAAACAUUGAUUUUUAUACCACUGACCAAUGAUUUUGUAUAUGUGCCAAUAAAAUGUGCUACGUUUUGA